UUUACGAAAUAAAACGUUGAUUUCAAAACAAAAAAAAGUAAGGUCUUCUUCUUAUUAUUAUCUUCUUACCCUUCAGAUAUUAGUAUGACGGAUCCAACAAUACAGGAGGUCAAAUCGUCAAGGCAGGUACCUCAGAUCAGCAAUACCGACACCAACGAUGAACUAUUCCACCCUCAUACCCUGACCGCCUUACUGGUUCUUCUUGCCUGGCUAUUCUAUGCUGGUAUUCGAACAAACCAUGAAGAUACUGAGAACAGUGUAAAACUUGGUAUAUUGGCAGCUAUUUGUUGUUUCGUUUUUAUUGGCAUGUUACAAUUCCGUGAUGGUCCUUUUGUUCGUCCUAGUAUUCCUUUUUGGCGUGCCGUACUUAGUCUCAGUGUAUUAUAUCAGCUGUUUUUGGUGUUUAUGCUGUUUCUGAACAAAAAAGAUGCACGUCAAUUUAUGACAUAUUUUGAUCCUGGUUUAGGUGUUGAAUUACCAGAACGAUCGUAUGCGGAAAAUUGUGAAACGUCGUGGUCAAAUAUCAAGGAUCAAAUUGAUAUCUUUGUAGUAGCACAUGCUCUUGGAUGGUACGGUAAAGCACUGAUUGUCCGUGAUUAUUGGCUUUGUUGGAUUUUAUCAGUCACUUUUGAAUUAUUGGAAUAUUCGUUGGAACAUCAACUCAAUAAUUUUGCAGAAUGUUGGUGGGAUCAUUGGAUUUUGGAUGUAUUAUUAUGUAACUGGGCUGGUAUUUACUUUGGUAUGAAGACAUGUCAAUAUCUUGAAGUCAAGGAAUAUUCAUGGGUUGGACUCAAACAAAUCAAAUCAUUACGUGGAAAGGCAAAGCGUGCAGUACAACAAUUUACACCAAAGGAUUGGACUCGAUUUGAAUGGAAGACAACAUCUAGUCCAAAGAACUAUUUUGGUACCAUUGGAUUAAUGAUUGUGUUUUUACAAUGUGAAUUGAAUUGUUUUUAUUUAAAAGCAUUAUUAUGGGUUCCUCCUGAACAUCCUUUGAAUACAUAUCGAUUGAUCUUGGCUUUUUUGUUUGCAUUACCUGGUGCUCGUGAUGUAUAUCAAUAUAUCUCGGAUAGUAAUACGGAACGUCUUGGUGUACAUGCUUGGCUCUUUAUAUGCAACGUUAUGACUGAAUCUCUCAUUUGUCUAAAGUUUUCGGAGAAUGAGUUCAGAGAACCAGCUCCAAUGUUUAUCAAGAUUGCUUGGUGCAUUGUUUUAUCAUUCUUACUUGUUCUACAGUGUCAUGGAUAUACUCCUCUCAACGCUUCUGGUCAAUUUUUAACUUCGUAUGGUACAACUAACAAGGUGGACGACAAUGAACGACAACCAGCGAGCUCAUCCUCUUCUUCUCAAUCCUCCUCAACUAUUGAUCAAUCAGAAAUUGCAAAAGAAUCUUUGGAGAUCUCUAGUAACUGGACUUUGUAUACUUGGAUCAGAAUCGUUUUAUCAUUGGCUCAAUGGUUGUAUAAUGUAUUUAUGGAUAAAAUGAUGUAUCAUUUAAAUGUGUUAUAUACUAUUGACCUUUCUCUUCGUCUAUUGGAUUCAAGAUCAUUCUAUUUGGCGCAUGAUAUUGAUAUUGGUGCUUCAACGGGUUAUGUUUUUUCCGCUACUAGUUUGGGACUGGGUCUGAUUUUACUGAUUGGCUUCAUCAAUGAAAAACCUUCUAUCACUCCUGUUCCACCAAUGAUUGCGGACUCGGGUAGAAUUAUGUCUGGUGAAAAAUGGGCAUCGAUUUAUUCCAAAUUUAUGUUUAGUUGGGUGGACGCAAUGAUGAAAAAAGGUUGGAAACAAACUCUUAAUGACGAUGAUCUAUUGGAAUUACCACCUGAAAAUCGUACCAAGCAUGCUUUGGCUUCCUAUAGAUUGAAUUAUAAAUGGAAUAUGGCUUGGUCUCUUAUUCGAACUUUUAGGGAUCCUCUUUUGACUCAAUUUGGUUACAGUAUGAUCUGGUCUAUUGCUAUGUUUGGACCUCCUUUCUUUUUGAACAAAAUUAUCAAGUUUAUUGAAAAUAGUGAUCCUGAACAUCAAGUGUCUGUGUUUUCUGCUUUUUUAUAUGUUUUGGGUCUAUUCAUCACUUCUUCUGCUCAGUCUUUGGCUUAUCAGCAAGCUCUUUAUAUUGGUCGUACCUUAGGUAUUCGUAUUCAAUCUAUUGUUAUUGGUGAAGUCUAUAGUAAAUCUUUACGUCGUCGUGAUAUUUCUGGAAAGGCUUCUUCUUCUUUCGCUACCGAUGCUGAAUUAUUAGCAAAAGGGAAAAACAAGGGAAACGUCAAUAAUUUAUUAUCUGUGGACGCUCAAAAACUUGGUGAAGUAACCGCUUAUAUCUUUUACUUUUAUUGUUUCCCUAUUCAAGUUACUGUAUGUGUUUGGAGUUUGUAUAAACUUUUGGGUGUCUCCUCUUUGUAUGGUGUAUUCGUCAUGAUCCUCUCACAACCGGUUACCUAUUAUCUCAGUAGACGAUUCCAACAAGUUCAUCAAAAGGUGAUGGGAUGCACUGACAAACGGAUCAAAUUGAUGAAUGAACUGUUGAAUGCUAUUCGUAUUGUCAAAUUUUUUGCUUGGGAAAAAGAAUUCAGACAACGUAUUGUGGCUGCUCGGGAUGUGGAACUCAAGGCUAUUCGAUCUCGACUUUUUAUGUUCAUGUGGAUGGGCAAUGCUUACUUUUUGAUUCCAGUGUUGAUUAUGCUCACUGUCUUCUAUGUUUACACCAAAACAUUUAUCCUCACAGCUUCUACUGCAUUCACGGCUUUAGCCUUAUUCAACACUUUCAAAGGAAUUUUUGAUGAACUACCUGCGAUCACUUCCUUUGUUCUCCAAGGUAAUGUCUCUCUACGACGUAUUGAAAACUUUUUGCAAGAAGAAGAAGUCAGUGAAGCAACUACAACUCUCCACCCAACUGUGAAUAUUGGUUUUGUGAACAAUGCAAGUUUUGGUUGGGAAAAACCUUUACCUGGUGAAGAUAUCUCCUCCGUUGCCGUUCUUCAAAAUAUCAAUCUGUCUUUCCCUCUGAACAAACUCUCUCUUAUUUGUGGUGCCACUGGAUCUGGAAAAACUGCUCUUGUUGCUAGCUUGCUUGGUGAAACUUAUUGUCUUUCUGGUGCUGCCAUCCUACCUCGAAAACCUCGCUCUCGUCAUCAUAUCAUUGGUGGUGCUGCUUCUGGAAUUGCAUAUGUGGCACAAACUGCUUGGUUACAGAAUAUGAGUAUUAAGGAUAAUAUCUUGUUUGGUCUUCCCUAUGAUGCUGAACGAUACAAUAAGGUGAUUUAUAUGACAGCAUUGACAAAGGAUUUGGAUAGUCUGGAAUAUGGUGAUUCUACUGAAGUAGGUGAAAAAGGGAUCAGUCUUUCUGGAGGACAAAAGCAAAGAGUGGCUAUUGCUCGUGCUGUCUAUUCUCAAGCGGAUAUCGUCAUCCUUGAUGAUUGUCUUAGUGCUGUGGACGCCCAUACUGCCAAACAUAUCUAUGAACAUUGUUUGACUGGUGAAUACAUGAAACAUCGCACAGUUAUUCUAGUAACACAUCACGUCGGUUUAUGUAUCAGGGCUGCUUCUUAUGUUGUUUCUAUGCAAGAUGGUCAAGUAAAUGCUUCUGGAAGUCCUGCUGAGGUGAUGAACUCGGGUGCUUUAGGGGAUGAAUUCAAUUUAUUACAAGAUAUUGAAGCUGGAAAUGAAGCCGAAGCCGAAGAAGGACCUAUCCCUGCUGUCCCUCUCAAUCUCACAAAUACAGCAAAUCAACAGGAUGGAACUGGAAAAUUAACGAAGGAUGAAGAACGUGCUGAAGGUGGUGUGAAACUUUCAGUUUAUAAGGCAUAUAUCAAAGCAUCUGGUGGCUAUUUGUUCUGGAUUUUGGUUUUACUUCUCUUCUCCUUUGCACAAGGCUCUGUGGUUGGACAAGAUUAUUGGAUCAAAGUAUGGUCAGCAGCUUAUGGUACUGGUGAAUCUCAACUUGUUAGUCUAAUGAGUUUAUUGGGUGGACAAGCUUUCCUGAAACCUAGCUCUGUCAAUGUUACAUACUAUCUCACCAUUUACUUUUUGAUUGGUAUGCUCGCUUUGCUAAUGACUACACUACGAUCUCUUGUAUUGUUCACUGGUUCUCUUCGUGCUUCUCGACGUCUUCAUAUGGAAUUACUGGAUCGUAUCUUGUCAGCAAAAGUUCGAUUUUUCGAUACAACACCAUUGGGCCGUAUUGUCAACCGCUUCUCUUCAGAUUUGGAAACUGUGGAUCAAUCCGUUGCACCAUCCUUAUCCUUUCUUUUAUAUAGUAUGAUUGCCACAGCUUAUAUUGUUAUUCUGAUUACAAGUAUCACUCCUACUUUUAUCAUUCCUGGUAUAUUUGUAGCCAUCCUCUUUUGGCGUAUUGGCAACUAUUAUCUUCGGUCAUCUCGUGAUAUGAAACGGCUUAAUUCUGUCAGUCGAAGUCCUAUCUAUGUUCAAUUCAAUGAAAGUAUCAAUGGUGUGGCCACCAUCAGAGCUUUUGGAUCGGAAACUCGAUUUAUUGAAGAAAACAGCAAAAAGGUGGAUAGCAAUAAUCGACCUUUUAUUUGGAUGUGGGCUACGAAUCGAUGGUUACAUUGUCGUGUGGAUGUUUUAGGUGCUUUUGUGGGUUUCUGUACUGGCAUUGUAUUGGUUCUGUCAAGAUCGUGGGUAGAUCCUGGUUUAGCUGGUCUAUCACUUAGUUAUGCUCUUACCUUUACACAUCAUAUUCUAUGGAUUGUUCGAUGUUAUGCUAUGAAUGAAAUGAAUUGUGUUUCCAUUGAACGUAUUGAGGAAUAUUUGAAGAUUGAUCAAGAAACCUCCACUUCUUUGAUACAUCCAGUUGCUCCUCGUCCAAAUUGGCCAGAAGCUGGACAUGUAAAAGUUGAAAAUUUAGUGAUGCAAUAUUCUCCUGAUACUCCUGUGGUUCUGGAUAACUUGUCUUUUGAAACAAAACCUCGCGAAAAGAUUGGUAUUGUUGGACGAUCUGGAUGUGGCAAGAGUACUUUGGCGGUAUCAUUGUUUCGAUUCAUGGAAGCCACUAGUGGACGCAUUUUGAUUGAUGGUGUGGAUAUAUCGACUUUAGAUUUGGAAGAUUUAAGAUCUCGAUUGACUAUUAUUCCUCAAGAUCCUGUCCUUUUUGAAGGAACACUUAGAACAAACUUGGAUCCUUUCAACUUGCAUGAUGAUGCCGAACUAUGGACAGCUCUCAAAAUGUCUCAUUUGGUAGAUGAAGAUGAUCAGAAACAUCAAUCAGAUAGCAGCAAUUCGUGUAAUAACAAGAAAAACGGAAACGACAAUGUGAUCAGUUUGGAUGCAGUGGUUCUAGAAAAUGGAUCGAAUUGGUCUCAAGGUCAACGUCAGCUGAUUGCACUUGCACGUGCUUUGGUGAAGAAAUCAUCAUUGAUUGUAUUAGAUGAAGCAACAUCUUCUGUUGAUUUUGAUACUGAUCAGAAGAUUCAAAAGAUCAUUCGUUCUGAAUUUGGACAAUCGACUCUAUUAUGCAUUGCUCAUCGUUUAUUGACGGUGGCAGAUUAUGAUCGGGUGUUGGUGCUUGGACCAGGCGGCAAAUUAUUGGAAUUCGAUGAUCCUUAUACCUUGAUGACUCGUGAAAACAGUGUCUUCAAACAAAUGUGUGAAAAGAGUGGUGAAUAUCCGGAACUUCUAGCCAUGGCCAAGGCAAAACAUGCAAGACAUUAGAAUAGAACAUCAUUUUAAUUAGUUAAUUAGUUAGUUAUUUGGAAUAGGGUUUCAUUUGUAGAUAUUUAAUACUUUGGCUAUCUGCUAGAGUAUUUUUUUUUAUUUUAUUACUUUUUUAAAAAUAAAAAUAAAAAGAUUAUUUUAUCAAAUGGUUUUAAUG